UGGCAUCAAUGCGGAAGUAUGUACGCAGGAAAUUAGCAUCUUCAGUUUUGUUUACAUGUGACAUGCAAUUUGCGAAGUUGAUGCUGGAGCUCUUUAAAGAACCACAGCAUGUUCCCCCGCAGAACUACCCCACCGAGGGGACGAUUAGCCUACAGUAACGGUCUGCAUCCACCGGCGCCCCAGAGCUACGAUUACAACCACCAAAGUCUGCCAGGUGUCAACAGCUUUCCUAGGCUUGAGAGAUUGCCUUCUUAUGAAUGGAACCCCCCACCAUCCACCUCUACUGUUCAGCCUCGUCACAUGCCAGCUAUGAUCAAUGGGCGCAAGAGGCAGAAUGAUCAGUUCAGCGCUCAUCAUGUGAAGCGCCAGCGUGUUGACACCCCCAGCCACCACUUAAGCAGUCCACCUUUAAUUCAUAGCCAGCCUCCACAUCAUCGUACCGACCGAGCGGUAGCAGAGCCCUCAAGAUUAUCUCUCACUGGUUUUGAUCACUCUUAUCCCAGCCCUAACUUAGACAUCCACCCUCAGGUACCCGCUGUGCUGGAAAGCUCCAGCAGUCUGCAUGCCAACGCUACGGAAAAGCUGAGUUGUCAGAUGGUGGAGCUGUUUGAGGCGUGCCAGCAGCAGCCUUCAGAUUUGGAGCGGAAGGAGGUGUGCCGCGCUCGUCUGCAACAAGACAUACAGCAAAUCUUUCCAUCUGCGCGGCUUUACUUGACUGGAUCAUCUAUGAACGGAUUGGGCUCCCGGUGCAGCGAUGCUGAUAUAUGCCUGGUUAUCAAGGGAAAUAAAAAGAAUGAUGCUCUUCGUGUUCUUGGUCGUCUCCUAAAGUUGUUCAAAACCCUCUCGUAUGUAGAGAGGAAUCAGCUGAUCAGAGCCAAAGUGCCAAUCCUCAGGUUCAGGGAGAAAGGCAGUGAUCUGGAGUUUGAUCUGAAUGUCAACAACACAGUGGGCAUCAGGAAUACAUUCCUUCUGAGGAGUUACGCCUAUGCUGAUCUCAGGGUAAGACCCAUGAUCCUCGUCGUCAAGAAAUGGGCACGGUACAAUAAUAUCAAUGAUGCCAGCAAAGGAACAUUAAGCAGCUACACGCUGGUGCUGAUGGUCCUGCACUACCUCCAGACUCUUAGUGAACCUGUCCUCCCAUCUCUACAGAGGGACUACCCAGAGUCAUUUAAUCCUUUAAUGAACCUGGACAUGGUUCCAGAGGGACCCAAACACAUCCCUCCCUACAUCUCGAGAAACCAGUCCUCUCUGGGGGAGCUGCUUUUAGGAUUUCUCAAGUACUAUGCCACAGAGUUCAGUUGGGAUAAACAGGUGAUUUCUGUGCGAGAAGCCAGAGCGUUCCCUAAGAACAAUUCUAAAGAGUGGAAUAACAAAUUCAUAUGUGUGGAAGAGCCUUUUGAAAGAAAUAACGUCGCCAGGGCCGUCCACGAGAAGCUCAAGUUCGAUGCCAUUAAAGCGAAGUUUGCUGAGUCGUGUCGGUUACUACACGAGAGGAAGGAGCUGAACUCGAUCCUCCCUUUCAGAGCCAUCAUCAUUAAGGAGUCAUCCAGGGGAUGAGAGAUUCCUCUAAUUAGAUGAGCUAACUGGUGUCCUCUACCUCAAGACCGUCUCCUGAAACAGUGCAACAACGUAUUGAUGCUCUGAGAGAGAAACCCUGCUGCCCUGGCACCUUCACGGCCGCUUCCGUAUCUGUGUUUUCUGUGGCUGUAAUAUUCAAAAUGACCCACCGACUUCAAAUGCAUUGCUGUCAAAUUUGUGUAACGGAGGAUAAUGCAGUAUUUGAGGGAAAAAUUUAUUUUAUAGAUAUGCUAGAGGCCUCUGAAAUUAAAAUCCUGUUACCUAAACUGAUGACAGAAAAAUGCUGAACCUGUUAUAAGAGAUGGAUAUUGCUGCUAUAUGGCCCGUUUUCCCUGCAGGGAAUAUGUUUAUCAAUGAACUGGAAGAUGACUCUUAUGUAAAGUUAACUUAAAUGGAAGCAGCAGCAUUUUAUUUUGAAAGGCGAGUCCCAGCCACUGAUUAAAUUUCCACAUUAUUAGAGCCAUACUGCACAGCGUUGUAUUUAAAAACGAUUAAUCUCUGCCACGUAUUUACAUGUACAGUCUUUCAUGUUUCUGUCUGGACCAACUUGUAACAUCAAAGUUUAUUUUUUAUUUUUAUAGGUCAAUAGUGAGAAUGUGGUGGAUUUAAACACUUCAGACACUUUUUGCUUAAAACCGCAUUAAUUGCCCUCUAGUUUCCCACGCUCACCGCCUAAAGCUUAAGUCAGUGUUGUAAUUUGAAGUGCCCUUAUUAUACUCAUUUAAAGGCUCCUAAAUGUCAUUUGGUUCUGCUAAAAUUCUUUACGCGCUUCAAAGUGUAAAAGAAAUCUCCCACUGCUUUGCUGCCUCUGUCUGAAACACACCUUUUGUUGUCUGGAGUGCAUAAAAAUUCUCGUAUUCACUCUUGCAGUCAUCUGCAGAAUAUUUGGUGUUCGAUUUCUCGUAGCUGAAACAUUUUAUAGCUGGCUACCAGAAGCUGUACGUACUGCAAGCAGCUGCCUGCGCCUGGACUUAAUCAGGUCCUCACUGUUUGUCUGAGGGCAUAUCAGACUAGCUUAGGUCGGGAGGUUGCCAGUUUGUUACCUAGUGAUGUAGAUAAGUAACUGUAGAAAAGCCUGGAUUGCAAAUGAGGUGUUUCGGGCAGUUAAACAGCUGCAUUUUUGGCUGUUAUAACUUUGCAAGCCUUUUAUAUGCACACAAACCUUUCAACAGACUUAAGGAAACCCCCAAAGCAUGAUAAGGGUACUUUUAAGUCACUCGAGGGCUGCAAAGAGGCCAGACUCUAGAUUUUCCCCCUUCCUGCAAUAACUGGUCCAUAUGUCCUGCAUCAAGAACUCGUUGUCUGGUGUAAAGGCUGUGCAGUGUCAUUUUAGAAAUGUACUUGAUUUAUUUGGGCAAAACACCUGUUAUCCACUCAUGUUUGGAUUACUUAUACAUAGGUUAUUUAAAGAAUUUACACUUUGUGUAAAUUUGUCUUUUCCUUCCUCUUUUUGUACAUUUUGUGAAUUACUGACUUUUAAAUGUUUAUUUAAAAAAAAAAAAUUAAAUCUCUAAAGAUGUAUGAUUGUUUUCAAUGUAUAUUUUGGAGCUUCAUGUGAAGUCCACUAAAAUCUUGGCUAUGCAAAUAGAAGCGCCAAAAUCAGAUUAAAUUGUACACGGGCUUCUUUUUGGGGGGUGGGGAGGUGUUGUUCGUAAUCACAUGUCAGACCAUUUGAAAAUGUAACCAGCAAAUUAAGGUUUAGGGACUUUUUUUUUUUAUAUAAAUACCUUGCAAAUGUUUUGAGCCACCUUUUAUUUCUUUAUAUUUUGAGCCAGACCUUCUUGAGCAAUAGUUCUCCAGGUUUUCUGGAGGUCUUUCAAGGUUGUUGUUUUUUUUUCUUUGGACAUUUACUGCUUUUUCAUCCAUUUUCCCUCCGGUUCUUUAAUGUUGUUUAUUGACUUUACACUGAUAUGUGAGUCAUUAAAAAUCACACCUACCCUAGGGGAUGAACCAG